AUGGAACUUCACGGCCAGCUGUCAAUUUAUGAUGCCGUCGAGAUUGUCAUCGCAAUUUGCAUAAUUGUAUUUGAUCUGUAUCUGAUUGCCAAGAUCAGCUCCAACAAGCGCAGCGUCCCGGUCUUUGUGGUGCUGAAAAUAUUUAUUGUUAGCGAUGUUUUUGAUCAAUUGGGACGAUUUCCGCACGACUACUUGGCUGAAUGGUUUGAGGAGGAAGUGCUUCCGCCCUCGCUCGUCGACAUCUGCGCAAUAUUCCAGCUAUUCCGAUGGUACCUUCAGCUAAUGCUUAUCCCGCUACUCAGCCUCAUCCACUUCUCAUCCCUAGCCUUCCCGGUCCGCUACCGUAAUCUCAAAAGCGUGCAUAUCCUUGGAGUUAUAUUAGUGCUAUGUAUAUUACCGACAGUUUAUACAAUCGUUCAAUUCACUGCCUGUUGUGGAUUUAUUUUUCACAUUCCUUAUUUUUAUUGGGAUUUCGACGAGACGAAAGAUUCGUAUAUGGCCAUGCAAAUUAGCACCUGGGUUUUGCAGGGAAUUGCGGCGGCCUCUUUGAUCCUCGCGGAUCUUUAUCUAAUCUACAAACUACGGGUGGCCAGACAAACCAAAACUCUGGAUCGUCAAAACGUACAGUUCGCGUCGGCGCCGACGAUUACCGCCAAUUUAUCCGGAGAAGCGUCGGUGACGCGAGCUGGCAGUCAAGUCAAUAUUAUUAACCCGCAAGCGGCGAGGAGCCGGAGGACGCGCUUCACCCCGGAAACCAAAUUGGCAUUUGCUUUCAUAUAUUUUAGCGUCGGAUUUGGGCUGGCAAAUGUUUCAUUUUAUGUGUUGAUCAACAAAGUCGGCUUCAUCAUCUCCUUGUGUCAAUGGAUCUCGACCAUCGUAGAAUAUACCAAAUAUAUUGGCUACUUGUCGUCGAUUCGCACAAAAUUU